GAGCUGUGAGAACGUGGGUGACAACCAGCUGAGCCGCCGGAGUGGCGGCGGGAAAUCUGGCGGCCAACCUGUGUCUUCAGGGUGCAAGUGGCGGGGCCCAGCAUAUUUUUUUUUUCCUCUAAGAAAACCCCCACAAAUGUAAACCUAGGUGUCGGCUUCAGUCCUCCAAGCCCCGCCCGCAGAAUGUGUGGGCAGCUGGGCGGAGCCUACGGCUGAGCGCUGACGCAGGGAGGACGCCGAGAGGGACUGAGAGAGCGACUCGAUGGAUUUUAAAAUUGAACACACUUGGGAUGGCUUCCCAGUGAAGCAUGAGCCAGUGUUUGUCAGGCUGAAUCCAGGUGACAGAGGAGUGAUGAUGGAAGUUAGUGCACCAUUUUUCAAUGAUCCUCCAGCCCCACCUGGGGAACCAGGAAAGCCUUUCAAUGAACUAUGGGAUUAUGAAGUUGUGGAAGCAUUUUUCUUGAAUGAUAUAACUGAACAGUAUUUAGAAGUUGAACUUUGCCCUCAUGGACAGCAUUUGGUGCUUUUACUCUCUGGAAGAAGAAAUGUGUGGAAACAAGAACUUGCUCUAUCAUUCCAAGUAUCCAGAGGAGAGACAAAAUGGGAAGGCAGAACUUAUCUCCCUUGGAGUUAUUUCCCACCAAAUGUGACAAAAUUCAAUUCAUUUGCAAUCCAUGGAUCAAAAGAUAAAAGACGCUAUGAAGCUCUUUACCCUGUACCUCAGCAUGAACUGCAACAAGGACAAAAACCUGACUUCCAUCGUCUGGAAUACUUCAAGCUUUUCAGUUUUAACACAGUGCUUGGAGAAGAAUGGAAACAACCAGAAUCAGACCUCUGGCUCACAGAGAAACCCAAUGUAUAGGAGUAUAGUAGAGGAGCAUAUCAAUCAUUUCUUCUCUAUGCCUUUUAAGGUAAAUAGAUAAUAAGUAUAAUCUCUUUCAAGAUACCAGGAAUGUAUUUCAACGAUAAAUAUUUUCAGAAAGGUCAGUGAAAGAAAGGUGUCUCUCUGGCAAAUUGUGUAUAAAUUAACAAGAACAUUGAAAGUUUAUAGGUGAUUUUAUCUAUAUAGUUAAAAUAUUUCUCAGAGUCACUUAGUCCAGAAGCCAUCAUGUCAGUGCGUUCUGCCAUCUGCCUUGCAUCACCAUUACCCCAGAUAAUGUCAAUCAAAAUCUGUCAAUCAAAAUCAUUGUUUCUCUUCCCACUUACCUGACCCUCAGCCAGCCUAAGACCAUCUUAUUUGCACAUUUUUGAGCUUCCUGUAAUAUCCAUGAAGUCUUUACUCAGAAUCAUCUGUCCAUUCUUGAAACGAGUGAAACCCAAUGACCUAUUUCGGUUGAACAGACACACACCUGUUAAGGCAUCCGUAGGGUACAUGUGUUAUUUCACUCACUGUUUUUCCCGUCCUGUGACUGAUUUUACUCUGUUGAAGGAAAUGGAAUGAAGUAGUCUUGAAUGCAGGCAACAGAUUCUGCUUUUGUUUACCAAGAAAUGCCGUUUUCUUAAUGAUAUUAAAUGAGGUGUUAAAAUAUCUUCAUUUUAUCUUGUAAACAUCAAACAUCCCUGGUCUAGAAUUUUUGAAUUUUCUGUUAUAUUUCAGAGCUUGAAGCCAUUUAGUAGAUCAUCUAUGAACUUCACUGAAUGUGGUCCUUUUCCAGCAUUCUCAGUUUUAUUAUCAUUCUUGCAGAAGAACCUAGGUACAGAUACCUACUUGCCUACCCAACAACAUACUUUCUCCUCUUCUUC